CAUCGUAGAAACAUUCAUUGAUUCUAAAUGCGUGUGUCGUAUUAUCUCAACAGCAAUUUUUUUGAGAGAAAAAAAAAUCAUCCAACCAACUGAGAUUUAUCUGAAUGAGCUAACAACUUUCGUAGCCCAUCAGUAAAUUCGGAAUAUUUCCGAUUUUUUUUUAUUCGACGACCAAAUUCGAAACGGUUCGUGUGUUUAUAUAUUAUAUUGUGUACUAGAGAGCGAGAAAAUUACCACUGCGAAAAUAAAAAGCGAUUUUUAUGAGUUCAGAAAGCAAAAAAUCCCGUGUGUAAUCAUAUGUUUAUCCGCCAACGAAAUCAUAGAGAAAAAAAAUUCUUUGGCUUCGAAUUCUCUUCGUUGCAAAAAUCGUGUGAUUUCUCUCGUUCGAAUAACAACGACGAAACACCGAAAAAAAAAUCUCGAACGCGAUACACACCGAUAGAGAAACAGUGCAAUUUGUCAGGCAGUUCGACAAGUGUUUGUUUUGGACGGGGCGAAUUUUCGAUCGCUUUUGUUUCAUUCAAUUUUUGUCAUAAUCCAAACGACAUAAAAUAUUGACAAAAUAUUUGACGAGAAAAAAAAACAUAAAAAACAAGCGAAAAAAAAAUCGAUACGUAACACUUAGUCACGCGUUGUGUUGCACAUUGAAACGAAUACAAAUACCAAAAAUCUGCGAAACACAAAGAAACAACGAAACAUUUUGAAGAGAGAGAGAGAAAGAAGAAAACAAAUCAAUUUGCGAAGCAUCCAAAUAAAAUACCCAUCAAAACUGCUAAAUUUUGUGGUAUGAACCCGAUUUUCCAGCAAAUAUUGUGUGAUGACAAAACAUACACAUAAUCUGGCGCCUAACAUGAUGUGAAGUUCAAAUUGUGAAUGUGUUCAAAACCUCAUCAAAUGUUAAUGAAGUGUUAAUCAAGACGAAAAAAAAAACCGUUUCAAUGCCAGAAAACCUUAUGAAUAAAAAGAAGUGAAAAAAUCUGAACGAAUAAAAAGAAAGGAAUCAAAGAAGUAUAGAAAAAAAAAACCGUGCAAAAUUUGUUAAUUGGAAAAUCAACAUUAGCAGCAAAAAAUCACCAUAAUUUGUAUGUUUUUAUGAAAGUGCGAUGAAUUUGUCCGAAUAACAGUACUGAAAAGUGAACGAUUUCGGCAAGUGAAGAAAAAAAACCAGCGAAUAAGUGAUUUACAUUGUGAAAAAUUAUCGACACAAAUUGAAAAAAAUAAAAAACCGAAAGAGCGAAAAAAACCAUCGACCUAAUCAAAUUGUCGAGUUCAAUGUGUCAUAAUAACCCAAAGAAAGUGCAACAUUGAAAAUCCAAUAAACGAGCAACAAAAAAAGUACAUUGAAAUCAAAUCGCCAAAGUUAUAUUGCCCCCAAGCGAAAUCCGAGAAAAAAGCACACUGCAUUCUAAGAAUUCGACGAAAAACGCCGCGGCAAACCGAUUUUUUUUGUUGUUGUUGUUCUUUGUUUUCUGCAAAACACACAAACAUAUUCAAAAUUCAGCAUUUACCAGCAUAUAAGCGCCAUCAUUUGUUUUCUAAAGCAAAAACCCGAAUAGCACAAGCUCAGCGCAAAUCAAAUAUUGAACGACAACAUUUUUCGUUUGAUGAAUAUGAAUUGAUUUAUUCGUUCAAUUAAUAAAUCGUAUUAUUUUGGGUUCUCAUGUUCGGUUCUCCGAUUUAUUGUUAUACAAAACUUCGAAUUGCAUAAUAAAAACUCCGGGCCGAAUUCACUCACAUCGAAAAAAAAACGCACAUCCCUAAACAGCAGCAGCAACGACGAAAUCAAUUUUUGUGCGGGCCAUUUGAUUAAUGUGUGUGUAUAUUGGUCUAUUGUGUGCCGUUGAGUGAUUGAGAGAGAGAGAGAGAGAGAAAUUGUGUGUCAUUUUUUUUCAGUCUCUCGAGAAAACCAAAAUAUUUUGCUUAAUAAAAUCAAGAAAAGUUUUUAACGUUGAUUCGUUUUCGGUGUAUUUUUUCCGUUCGAAAUGUUUUAAUUGAGCAAGAAAAAGAAGAAGAAGAAGAAGAAGAAGAGUGCAUGUGUAAAACGAGUGUAUUCAUUUGAAAGAAAAAAAUAUCGCUGGUGCAAAGAAGCAAAACAUCGAACGACAAAUCAACUUUGAAUUAACGCAACUAUACAAAUUGUCUAACAAAACAAAACCAGUUGUUAUUGCUACGUGUUUUUUUUUGGUGAAAGAAUUUAUUCAGAUUCAGAAUUGAUACCGAAAAAAAUUAUGGUUAUUUGAAUUCCAGAAAAAAUUGCAGGAAAAUUUCAAAAGAAAAAGAGAAAUUAAACGAAACAAAAAAAAAGAGAAAGAAGAGAAAAGUGUUGCACUGCAUUAAACUUGACUGAGUUGUUAGUUUUUUUUUCUUUGAUUGUUUUGUUUAUUUGCAAAACUUUGACUUGAUAAUUGUGCGUGAACGGCAACAUUACGGCAACCGCAAACAUGGAUAUCUUACCGAGUGGAAACAUUUUUCGUGAACUGCAAGACAUACACGACACCGGAUACUUUUCAUCUCAAGUAUCGAUCGAGGAUCAAUGGCAACAGACAUGCUACGAAAUGGAGCGAUAUCUAAAAGAUGAGCCAAAAUUGCAAUCGUACAAGAAAUUGCCAACAGAUUUGGAUUCGGCAUGGGAUUUAUUUGCGACACCCGCUCGGUGUCGACUGCUCGAAGAAUUAAACUAUCAUGAGCACAAUUUGGAUUCGCUGUCGACCAGUUCAAUGUCGUCAGCGUGUUCGGGUGUAUCAUGGGACAGUGCAUUGAGCUGUGCGGUCGUUGUGAAAAAGGAGAAAAUCGAAGAUGAUGAAGAGAAUUCCGAUAGCUGUGAAGAAAAAUUAGAAAAUAACUUUUGUAAAAUUCCCAUUCAAAUAAAAACCGAAAUAAAAACAGAGAAUGCAAUUGAAUUGCGACUGGUGGCCCGUGCCACAACCACAUCCACCGUGGCCGAUCAUCAUCAUCCAAAUGAGCUGUUGCCAACGUUAACGCCACCAUCAUCGCCCGAAUCGCAAACAACCACCACACAAACAACGAUACGACCGACCACCGAAGCGGAAUUGGCAUUGCUCGGGCAUCAGGGCCUGUUUAAAGUGGCAUCGGCCACAACAAACGGUACAAAUCAUCAUCUCCCAAGAAGUGCCAUCGUAAGACUCACGACGGCUGGCGGUAAAAAUUCCGUCAGCGUCACCCGUUUCAUUCAAGUCAAUCCAAAUAUUCCAGCGGCUAUUGCACCGCAACCAACACAAACACAAGCACAACGAACAACGUCAAUCAAUACACCAGCAGCAGUGACGACGACCACAACAGCACAAACAAAACAGAAUCACCAAAGACAACAUGACCACAGUCCCGAUUCAAAGCGCCGGAUACACAAAUGUCAAUUUCUCGGAUGCAAAAAAGUCUACACAAAGAGCUCACAUUUGAAGGCUCAUCAACGAACGCACACAGGUGAAAAGCCGUACAAAUGUUCGUGGGAAGGUUGUGAAUGGAGAUUUGCGCGUAGUGAUGAGUUGACGCGUCACUAUCGAAAACAUACCGGUGCUAAACCAUUCAAAUGUCGCCAUUGUGACCGUUGCUUUUCACGCAGUGAUCAUCUUGCAUUGCACGCCAAGCGUCACGUCUAAGCUAGGACCAUCGCGAUUAAUUUGGGCCCGAAAAAAUACGCGUAUCGAGGAAAAGAAAAGGAAGCGGAAGAAUCCGAAGCUGAACACUAACACUGUGUAGAAAUUCCAGUAGAAACCAAAAUCAAGCGUCAAACACUUGAAAAACAUUUAGUAGGAGCUAAUUGAAACAAAUGAGAAGAAAAGAAGUAAAAAAAAACACUAAAAAAACCCACAUAAUGGUUAAUUUUGCGUUUUUAGUUAGUAGGAAUUAUCAUCUACUAAUGUUAUGACAUUCACACUAGAAAAGAAGAUAAAAACAUAAGUCGUAUGGAAAAAAUAAAUGACGACACAGAUAGCUAGUUAAUCAUCACGAAUCAAAUGCGUAAACCGCGUUUGAAUGAAUAAAACAAAACUACAGAAAUCCAUAGCAGAAAGUAGUAGUAAAAACACACACACACACACAACACACAUUUAAGCAUUAAGUAAAGAAUGCUCUACUUGUAGCAGUAGUAGUAAGAAGAAAAUAGCGCCUCAUCACAUGUGAGGGUUAAUGUUCGACUGGUGUGUCGAAUAUGAAGAAGAAGAAGAAGAAAAAAACACACUAUUCCUAGUUCUUUGUCUCUCUUUAUAGCAUAUAUAUUAAUGAUUUUAAUUUUUCACUUCAUUUCUUUGUCUCCCUUCCUUUUUUUACAUAUUUGUUUAUUACCUUGUAAGUAAGAGAAAAAAAAAUAACUGAAAAAAACGGUAUAACCAACCAAAAAAAUGAAUGAGAUGAGAAAAAAACAGAAAGAGAAAGAGUUAUGAAGCCCCUUUCAUACCAAAUGAAUGGUUCACUAAAAUAUUUAAAAAUGCGCAAACAUUUUGUCAUAUUUUUUUUUCGUUCGUUUCCUUCUGUUCGCGACGAACCAAUGCACUUUUUUCGAGGAAAUUGUUGGGUCGUUCUUCUUCUUUUCUAUAUGUAGAAUGUCAAAUAAUAAUGUAUAGUAAAUGUUAUGUUUUCUUUAACCUCCCCCCUCCCCCGGCAGCCAAUUUUCAUGGAAAAUUGUUUGUGAAAUAAGCUGCGGUGUCUGUAUGUCAAGUACUCAUACAAAUUGAUGGUAGAAUGAAAUGGGCCGAUUGAUUUAUUAUAAAUGUGUGAUGAAAUGUAAGAGGAAAUGAAAAAAAUUGGACCGUAGUAAAAACCAUUACUGCGGCAAAUGUCGUGUGUGUAUGAAAGCUAGAUAUGAAACAAAGCGAAACAGAGGAAAAAAUGUUUUUUUGUGUCGUGUGUGAUUUAUGUGUUGCAAAUACAUCCUAGACGCACACGCAUACAUUUCUAUUUUGUUCACAAAACAUUUCUUCUGCUCAAUUGAGAAUUCGAUCAAUUGGCGAUGACGUCAAUUUGGUCGAUUUCGAUCAAUGGCACGUGAAAAUGCAUCAAAUUAGCUUAAACACACACACACACACACACACACACACACACUAAUUCAACGAUAAGUAAACGUAAGCCAAAAAUGAAAAAAAAAUAGUGAAAGAAAUACAAAAAUGUGCAUAGAUUAGAUAAAAAAGAAAUUUUUUUUUUACAGAUUGUCGAUGGAAAAAAACAUUUCCCCCCUCGCCAUGAAAUGCAAUCCAAUGCUUCAGAACAUUUUUUUCUUCCUGCACCCAAACCUUCUUCAUCACACACACACACACAUACACACGCACCAUUUUUUUUUCGUUGUCAUCGUCGUCAAACGUUUUAGUUUUUUUUUCUUGUAUAAAAUAAGAACAUCUAUUGUUUAUCUUUAGUUUUCUGUUCGUUUUCGAUUUUAAGUAAGCAAAUACAAUGGUUUAAGUUCAUUUUUAAUGUAAAUGUGCAUGUAGUCUCUGGUCUCUAUAUGAUAAGAGCUUCCUUUUUAGUUUGUGUCUUUCAUUUUCGUUUCAUCUCUAUUUUUCACAAACAUGUAUAGACAGAGUAUAAUUGUAUGUGUAAAUCAGUUUUAGACAUGUGGCCGUCGUGGUGAUGAAUAACAAUUCAAGCCAUGAGCCGCAACACGCGUUCCAUUUUACAAGUACAAUUUAAGCACACGAGUGGAUUUGGAUGUCGUCACUCUUCUUUUACAUCAUAACAUCAUCUUUUACUGAUUGUUCAGAGUAAGCGCGACUUACAUAGUCAAACGAACUUCGUCCUAAGCUGAAGGAGAUACUUUCUCUUGGACGAAAGUGUGUCCACGUUUGAUAUUGUACUUGGAACCCAUUUAUAUAGAGUUAAAGAGCUUUUAUUCGAGCCAAUUUUUAUGAGCUUUCAUUUAGAGCCAAUUUUCAAUAAGUUACAAGAGAACAUACAACGGCAAACUUUGAAUCCGUUUGCCAUUUCGUGCUAUUCGUUUUUAGUUGAUAUCAACAUGUUUCCUUUUUACAUAAAUUUUUUUCUCUUCAAACCUUCUCUAUUUCCACCUUAAUUAAUGAUCUAUUUGUAAUGUCCACACACACCCACAAACACACCAUUCGUUCGUUGAAUUCAACAAAUAAGAAAAAAGUUUUUUUUACGUCGAUUUGUUUACUUUAUGCACAAAAUUUGUUUUUAAUCGAAAUCGAAAAUUUUGUUAUUCAAAUGCAAUUCGAGAUAUUUGACAAGAGUGGACGCCAGUUUAGAGUGCAAGCAGACAUGAAGGUUCAAGUUGACACUUUUGGAACACAAUUUUGUGUUUUUAAGGUCAAAAGAGACAAAAUUUAAAGUUCCAACCGCUUCUUGGGAGAAAUUUUCGAAUUUUUUUCAUGAAUUUCCUUUGGAUUUUUUGUCCAGAAAAUCUUUCAAAUUUUCUUCAGAAGUUUUUUUUUUUGAUUUUUUUUUUUUUGAACUUUCCAAACGAAUUUCGCUGAGAUAUUCGAUCAAAUUUCUGAAUUUUUCUUCCGUUUUUUUUUCGGAAGAAGUGAACUUCCGUCUAUCAAGAACUUCCCAACGUUUUUCCAUGCAUGAGGAAGCGAUGACCAACGAUUAACUGUAGAGUGAUAGAAAGUGAGUGAAAACAUUAAAGUUAAUUCCAAUGAAUAAAACACAUCACUGCCACAAUAAUAAUAUAAUGAAUUCGAUCACUUCAAUGUUGUAUUUCAUUCAUUUUCGCAAAUUUUGUCUUUUGUACAAUUUUUUUGUCUUUUUGUCAAUGAGAGAUUUUCACUCCUUUGUGGCUGCCACACUCGUACGAUUUGUGCGAUCAAAUCGUUGAUUUCUGACAUGGAAUGAAUGGAGAGAGCCUUUUUAAUGGCAUUCAAUUUGAUUUUGGACUUUCAAGUCCACUUGAAAUGAAAGCGAAGCAUCGUAAUUUUACAAAGAGCCAGCCCAAUUUUUUGCUCCAAAAAUCAAUGGCUGAAUUCAAUUUUUCCAACUGCCCUGUCAUAAGUCAAAUCAUUCCGUGGAAAUCGCUUGUCAAAAUAGUUAUUAUUUUCAUUCGUCAACUUUAGCGAAAGCAAAAGAAAAAAAAGUGAAGAGCAUUUGAUUUAGAUGUUAGGUAAAUUGAUAUGAGCAUUUCUAGUUUAAUUCGCAGUCGAGUGGCUGCAACCAGCAUGCAUUCGAAUGUCCACCAAAUUUUGUUUAUCCUUUGCUGCUCCCUUUUCUUUUUGUUUAGUCCAUUGUAUGUUGUAGAAAUGACAUUCUAUAUCGAUUUAAAAGGAAAAAAAAUGAAAAAUUAUAAAUGCGCCUUUCUUUUAUUUCAUUCUUCUGCUAGUUUAAUAAAUGUUAGAUAUUAAAUUGUACGAUCGCUAAUGAAUUCAUUCGUAUUUUAUGUCAAUGAAUCAUAUGAGUUAAAUUCUAGUGGAUUUUUUUUUGUCUUUCUGUCUGUCUUAUUUUUGACUUUACUCAACUCGUGUUGAUCCACAUUGUUGUGGAACCAUGAUUGAAUAAUCCAUGUUAGUCGAAUGGAUUUAGUAUACUGGUCGUGUGACAUCUUGUGCGUGGGGCUACUUGUGCCACGUGUAUACCGGCCACACACUGCACAAAGCCGAAAAAUAUAGAGCGAAUUAUUUAGAUUAAAUUUUUUCUAGCAUUUAUUGGUUAAUUUUUGUUUGUUUAUUUAGAAACAUGUGUCCUCCCCUCUAUAAACAAAAUAUUUACUGUCAUUGUUUUGUCCACAAUGUAAUCGAGUGUAAUUUAAUGAAAAAAUAAAUGCAGAAAAAAAAAUGAUGUUGGACAAACAAUGACAAAUGACCCUUCUUUUUUGCUUAAAAUUUAUUUUGUAAACAAAUCGAAUGAGAAAAAAAGAAAGAAAAAAAUUUAUAUUGAUUUUCUUAUAGUUCUAUUUUAGAUUUUAUGAAAUAAAAAUUUGUAUUUUUAAAAAUUUGAAACCAA